AUGGAAGUCUCAGCAGAAACUUCCAAAUUCCAAUUCUCUCGAGGUGCUACCCACUUUCCCCCUCCCCUCGAGCAUGGUAGUUCGGAGGAGCUGACUACCCAGCAUUAUCACUCGGACCUUGAUUUAAACUUUAUCCUUUGGAGAUCCGGACCACCCAGGAAACAAAAAGGAAGCAGCAAUAUAUCCUCAACACCCUACCACCAGAGCUGA